AUGAAAAAACCAGCGCAGUGGACGGCACCUCCUUGUACCGGAUUGUGCCUCAAAUGGAGCGACUAUCAGCUGAUGGUGGAACAAACUUACAGGCUUUGCAAAGCGUUGGUGGAUGACGACGACAUGAUGCACCGUCUGCGUGAAUCAAAAUUCGAUCUAGUCUACAGUGAAGGGCUUGAUACUUGUGGACCAGUUUUAUUGUGUGUUGGUUCACUCGAAUCUGUACAUUUUCAGAUGCUUAAAAUCAAAAAUGCAGUCAUUCUUUGCAGUCUGGGAAUGUGGCCACGACUAUAUGAUAUCUCAGGAUUAUUGCCUUCUCCGAGUUUUGUUCCAAUUGGGCUGUCGCCAUUCUCGGAUGAGCUCUCAUUUAUAGAGAGAUUGAUCAACUUCAAUCUACACAUCUUCUUUGAAAUUUACAAGAAAUGGUUAGACGGCCGUUUUUGGCGUAUGUUCAACGAGAAAGCACCCGGCAUACCUGCUAUUCGAGAUAUACUCUAUGAGAAAACAGCGUUGAUCAUGACGAACGUACAUGAAUUCGCUGAGACCACUCGUCCUAGAACGAAUAUGAUACGGUAUAUUGGCGGCUCCACUAUACAUGAUCCACAACCUUUGGGUAAGGAGUUAAGUGAUGUUUUGAACGAGAGACCUACCACCGUUUUGUUUUGCAUGGGCACUGUUGUAUACUCCAAAGACAUGCCGGAGUGGAUGAAACGCGUGUUCAUUGAAACGUUUGCUUCGUUUCCAAACAUAACUUUCUUGUGGAAAUAUGAGGAUCCUGAUGACGAUAUAUUCAAGAAUCUCUCGAAUGUUCAUCCAAUGAAAUGGAUCCCCCAGACAGAUCUGCUUGGUAGGCGAUUAGUGUUACCAAUCUUUUCCGCCUUUGCAUCAAGUGCAUUGUUACUCGUGUUUCAAUUUCAGCGGAUCAUCGAGUGUCGUUUGUUUAUCACACAUGGCGGCAUGAACUCUAUAUUGGAAUCUAUGAAUUUCGGGAAGCCAAUGAUUGUUGUGCCCUUGUUUGCUGAUCAGCAGAUGAACUCGAAAGCGGUCCAACGUCGUGGGCUCGGUGUUGUUAUUGAGAAGCACUUGCUCAGCAAAGACAUCCUAUCAGCAGCCAUUCAGAAAGUGCUUCACGAUAAGAGUAUCGCUAAGAACUGUUCACUGGUCAAGAAGCUGCUCACAGAUCGUCCACGACAAUAUCGUGAGGACAUUGCAAAGUAUACUAGGCUUAUCAUCGAAUACGGAAGGCUCGAGCAUUUACAAAUGAUUUCCCGGAACAUGAGUCUCAUUCAGUACCUCUGCUUAGAUGUUAUUGCUUUCGAAAUAUGUGUGAUGUUUUUUGUGCUGUUUCUCUGUGUUUGGUCAAUCAGGCAGAUACUUUUGUAUUUACGGACACCUAAAAUAAAGAAUGAGUGA